AUGGCGGAUCUAAAAGGCAAAGGGAUCCUCUAUGAGGAUGAUGACGAGCCGAUCAAGCUAACGGAACAAGAUGAUUCUCAAGUCAUUAAAGAGUUUCGUAUGUCGCUGAUUGGCAAGGUUUUAAACCCGAAGAAGCAAAACGUUGAAAAACUGCUUCAGUCAAUGCCAACUCAAUGGGGUUUACAAGAUCGUAUUAUUGCGAAUGAUCUAGGCAAAGGGAUUUUCUUAUUCAACUUCACUACGGAAGAAGAUCUUAUGUCUGUCCUCCAAAAGGGGCCUUUCCAUUACAACUAUUGCAUGUUUGUAUUGGUAAGGUGGGAACCAGUUGUCCAUGAUGACUAUCCUUGGAUCAUCCCAUUCUGGGUUCAGCUCUAUGGCUUGCCCUUGCACCUAUGGACAGUUACAAACCUGAAGAAUAUUGGUAGCCGCAUUGGCCAUGUUGAUGUUGAUUCCAUUGAGCUUACAGAAGGUCGUAUGCGAAUUGAGGUCAAUUCGAGGCGGCCGUUAAAGUUCAAACGAAAGGUGGAAUCUCCUGAUGCAGAGGAGGUAGCGAUAGAGAUAAAGUAUGACAUGCUGUUUAAGCAUUGUACCACCUGUGGCCUUAUGUCACAUGAGAAAGGAUAUUGUCCUACAAUGGAGCCUCCAGCUCGAGUAUCAUCGGAGAGAGGGGGAGUUUUCACUCGCGUUCAGGUACCACAGCUUCGUAAUACUCGUCAGCCAUCGUUGAAUGAGUAUAAUCAGCCGUCUCUGCGACGAGAUGUUGAGCCUGCUCGUAAUAGGGCUGAAAUCAGAGAAAUGGCUUCUAGGUGGUCUGCAACGAGAAACCAGAUUAUGGUUAGAGGCAGGUAUCAAGAUGAUCAUGCUUAUCAGAAUCGUAACACAGGGGCUGGUGACCGGUUUCGAUCACAUUCUGAUAGGAUAAUAAGAAGACGCGAUGAGAGGCAGAGCGGCAAUAGGUAUGGUGGUAGUCGAUACCAGCAUGGCCCAUACGAUCGAAAGGAGGAGCUAACAUGGCGUUAG